AGCACCACACCGUGACAGAUAUCACAAGGUGUGAGCCAUACCAACCAAGUACCCCUUAUACGAAUACAUAGAGCGGUAAAGACGGGAUCUGGAUAGUAUCUCGAUAUUAAUUCAGUUGUGCUUUGUCCAGAACUUAUAUCGAAACGAUGGGCUACAGCAGACGGAGCUGUGGAUGGCGUUACCAAUUGAGGAUGUUCUUGGUCAUUGCUGUUGUUUUGAACCUGUUUAUUGCUCCUCUAACAUACAUUUCAGUCACAAAGCCUGCUCCUGAUGUUAAAGUACGGAACAUACCGAAGAUGUCUAUCAAUAAGUCGUUUUUAGUGUCUCUUCAUAGCCCUCCUCCGUGGUUGGUUGAUCUUUACAGAAGGACAGACCCGAAACAGUGUACGUACAACAACUGUCAAUGGACCAUAGACAAAUACCUCCACAGUAUUAGUGACGUCAUAAUAUUUGAUGGCCCUUCGCUCGACAGAAUUCCUAUCAUCAGGUCACCUGGUCAAACAUGGGUGAUGCUUGGUUUGGAAAGUCCAUUGCAUUAUGGAUCAAAUUACAAACUUCCUGCUUGGAAGUCCGUAUUUAAUUGGACCAUGACAUAUCGGAAGGACUCGGAUAUUUAUUUUCCUUAUUCUGAAGUCGUGAAGAAGGAAGAUUUUGAAGAUAAACAGAAUUACACUCGCAUUUUGAAAUCUAAGAAAUAUGCUAUUUCUUGGGCGGUGUCUCACUGCAACGCAGCUAGUGACAGGGACAGUUUCGUGAAUUAUUUAAAAGGUUAUAUAAACGAUCUCAAUACGUUUGGCAAGUGCGGAAACUACUAUUGUGGUGAUUGGGAAAACCCUGAUUUAUGUUUCCAGAAAAUGGCAAAAGAGCAUAAAUUCGUCUUAUCCUUUGAAAAUUCUUUUUGUACAGAUUAUAUAACAGAGAAAGCCUUCAUACCCUAUACAGAAAACAUAGUACCGAUUGUUCGUGGAGGGUCGCAUUACAGCUCGUUCCUUCCUGUAGGGACUUAUAUAAAUACGAAUGACUUUUCCACGGUUAAGGAACUGGCUGACUAUGUCAUUGAAAUAGACAGACAUCGGGACCAAUAUCGGGAACUUCUGCAACGUAAGAACCAAUAUACCAUUUUACCAAAAACGUCAAUGUACCAGAGGGCUAUAUGUCAGGUCUGUGAGAAACUCAACACGGACAAGCAUGCAAAUCACACUUAUCCGGACAUAGCUGGCUGGCUCUGGAAAAAUGGUGGCUGUUUCUACCCAAAAGACGUCAUGCCUAACUGAAACCUUCAAUGUCGUCUUAGUGAACGGAUAGUUAAAACUACUUUUUAACGCAAUUGAAACUGAAGAUAUCAGAGACAAUUUGUACCAUCCACAGUGCUAGCAUGUUAUAAUACAAAAUAUCAAAACCCGCACAGUCAGAACAGAGAGAACAACGUGCCAUUCAUGAUACUGUCCAUGUUUACGUUUGUGUUUUGGUAUUAUAUCGGAGUUCUCGGGGAAUCUGAAGCUCUGCGUGUAGUCUUAAUAUAACAGUGACAUCAGUGCGUUAUACUCUAGGUAUAUUGUUGCGUUAUCCGUUCAUAUCUCGAUCAUAAUGAGCUUUCCGUUUAGCUUUACCAUGAUAAAAUCUUCACUUGUGUGUUAAGCGCUUGUUCGAUUACAUGAUGAUAAUCUUGUCAAUUUCCGUUUUUCAUGUUUUCGUUCUUUGGUGGUCUAUAAUGUAUUUAUACGUAUAGCUUACAUUCAUACUUGCAUACGUUUUUUUGCAUUACAUAAUAAUAUGUAUAUUUUAAACCAUUAGCAUAACAAAACUACAUCGAGGGCCGUUUCAUGGCGGACGUGAACAAGUGAAUCGUUUGUAGUAUAUCAGUACGCAGUGAUGAGGUCACAUGUGUUAUGCAAAAAUGAAUGUCAUUUCCGUCAAAGGGUCCAAGCAUAGAGAAUUAUAAAUAUAACAGUAAAUUAGAAAUGACUAUGAUAUGAUAUUUAAGCGAUUCUUGGAAUAUGUCAAGAAAGCCAUUGUUGUUAUGAACUCAUGAAUGUUGAAAAGUGGUAGAGAAAGCAGCGUGCUUCGCAGGAAAAUAUAAAGCUUUUGCUGGGGGUCCUAGCAACAGCAUGACAACAAAACAAACAAAAAAAGAUUCCAUUGUCAAAAUUUAAUUUGUAGAAUUUCAACAAGUCGUUUAUUAUCAUCAUAUACUAUACACAACUUAUUUUAGUCUAAAAAUCAAGUCAAUCAUGUUUAGUGCUUAUUCAUGUAAGCAUAACAAAACUACAUCGAGGGAUUUUUCAUGGCAGACGUGAACCAAGUACGCCCUGUGCUACGUCAUUGUACUGUAUCAAUACGCAGUAAUGAGGUCACUUGUGUUAUGCAAAAAUGAAUGUCAUUUUCGUGAAUUGGUUCAAGCAAGCAGAAUGUAAAUAUAUAAAUGUAUAUGUUAAGGUUUAAGACCCCGUUUGGGAUACUGAUUUUGUUUUCACCAAAACUUCAUGAAAAUAACAAAAAAAAUCAACUAUUAUACACCAAAAUGUCCGGCAUAAACAUAUCUUUCCAGUUAAUGUGCGUUUAAUAGCAAAU